AAGGAAAUUUUCCUUUUCAAUAUCUCUUUUCCGUUAACUCAAUUGACUACUUUAUCUAGGCUGAUCUCUCUCUCUCUCUCAAACCUCACCAUAUUAAUCAAAAAUUCAAAACCCUAAACACAAAAAUCGAAAACCUUUUUUUUUCUUCUCAAAAAAAACAAAUCAUGGAUUUCUAUUCCCACGAUAUCGUAGACAGCUUGAUCAAUGUCAAUCGGAUCUACAACGACGACGGAGAUCUCCGCAAAAACGAAAAGUUAUUUUUCGAUUUCCAAGUUGACUACACUCGUGGAGAUGAAGACGGAGAUGAAGAAGAAGAUCUUAACAAUAUUGAAACUAGAACCGUUUUUCAAACUCACGAGUUUGAUCGUGAAUGGUUGUUCGGUGGAGAUCGUAAUCGGAUCCUAGCCUUCGUCUAUCACAUUCUUGAUUUGCUCCAAGUCCCUUGUUAUUAUGAGAUCGUUACCACGCUGACUGAGAAGAUUUUGGAGUUGAAGACGCGUGAAGAGAUCUCUGAGUUACCUCACGUGGAGGGGCUAGAAGUAUCGAUGUCUGUUGUCGUGCCGACGUUUCCUGGUGAAGAGCAGGAGGAGGAUGAUGUCGUGGCUGUUAAUUUUGCGGUGGCUCCAGCGAGCGAUGAGGCGGUGGAGAUACACUUGGAUACGGUGGUUGUUGAGAACGGAGGUUAUUGUGUGAUAUGCAUGGAUAAGAUCCGGGUUGGGUCCGAUGAGGAAGCGGGUCGAAUGCCGUGUUCGCAUGUUUUUCAUCGCACGUGUGGAGAGGAGUGGCUUAGGUAUAGUGGGAUUUGUCCGGUGUGUCGUGCCGUGUUUCCCUCUUAAACGGUUAAACCCUAAAGCCUCUCUCUCUCUGAUCAGCCUUUUGUGUUAGUUUAGUUUAUCAUGUUUGAUUUCUGUAUGUUGUUAUAUGAACCUAUGAGGUUCGAUAUGACCUAUCAACUUAGUUUUUAUGAUUUUCCCUUUCACUUUUCUAUGUGUAUGAAUGUUCAAGAAUGUAUAUGCUUUAACCUA